AUGGAGCAGCCGACGGGAGAAGCGGCAGUGAAAUCGGAAAUUCCGAUCAAUAUUGAUCAGAACCCGAAGCCAAGCGUUGAUCCGAAACCGGUGGAUCAGGGACCGAAAGGAUCCGAGGACGCGAUUUCCGUGGUAGUCUUAUCCGAGAAACCUACGCUUCAGGACGUAAUCGAGUCGACGGCCGAUCAAACUCCGACUCGAUCGAGGAAAUCGGUCCAUUGGAACCCAGAGCUGGUGUCGGAAUCUCCAGCACCGGAUCACAAGGCCUUGUCGUCUCAUUCUUCCUCCGCCGCGGGAUCUAACUAUAAUCCAUACGUCGCUCCUGCUCCGGCUGAAACUUCCGAUGCCUCGUUGAAAGAAACGAUGGAGUCUGUGAGAGACGCGAUUGGGAGAUGGGGAAGGAGAGUUGGAGAAGCAGCGAUCAAAGCGGAGAGCCUCGCCGGAAACACGUGGCAGCACCUGAAAACUGCACCGAGCUUUGCGGAUGCGGCAAUGGGAAGGAUCGCACAGAGCACGAAGGUCUUUGCGGAAGGAGGGUACGAGAAGAUAUUCAGACAAACGUUUGAGACAGAUGCAGAGGAACAGCUGCUAAACUCGUACGCGUGUUACUUGUCGACAUCAGCUGGUCCGGUCAUGGGGGUUCUCUACAUUUCCACUUCGAAACUUGCCUACUCUAGCGAUAACCCUCUCUCUUAUAAAGUCUCUACUGGCCAAACCGAAUGGAGCUAUUACAAGGUGGUGAUACCAUUACAUCAGGUUAAAUCGGUGAACCCUUCGUCAAGCACAGUGAAUCCAGCGGAAAAGUAUAUACAGGUGAUCUCGGUGGAUGAGCAUGAGUUCUGGUUCAUGGGUUUCUUAAACUACGAAGGUGCUGUUACUUCUCUGCGAGAUACUCCGCAAGCCGGUGCCUUACAGUCUGUGUGA